GUCAACAUCCCCAUACAGAUACACACGUGCUUCUGGUGAGAGAAGCAGGCGCCUGUGUGUACCGGGUUUCUGCUUAAAUCUACAGCUGAAUAAUGUAAAGAUUUAAACGCCUUUUGAGACGAAGAUGAAGUUUGCAUAUAAGUUUUCCAACUUAUUGGGAUCUGUUUAUCGCCACGGGAAUCUGACGUUCUCUAAAGAUGGCAAUUCAGUCGUCAGUCCAGUUGGAAACCGUGUCUCUGUGUUCGACCUGAAGAAUAAUAAGUCUGAGACAUUACCAGUGAGCACCAAUAAGAAUAUUACCUGUGUGGGGCUCUCACCUGAUGGAAAUACAGCCAUACUUGUUGAUGAAGAUGGAGCAGCCAUAUUGGUCAGCUUGUUGACUCGAGCUGUACUUCACCAUCAUCACUUUCACAAGCCAGUCAACAGCAUCCGCUUCUCUCCCGAUGGCAAGAAGUUUGUGGUUACUAAAGAAAACGUCGCUCUGAUGUACCAUGCCCCUGGAAAGAACCGGGCUUUUAAUGCGUUUGUUCUGGAUAAGAGUUAUUAUGGACCCUUCGACGAGACGACCUGCAUAGACUGGACUGAUGACUCCAAGUGCUUUGCAGUGGGGAGUAAAGACAUGACCACGUGGAUAUUUGGAGCAGAACGAUGGGCGAAUCUGAUCUAUUACUCUAUCGGAGGACAUAAGGAUAUCAUUGUGGGAUGCUUCUUCGAGAAGGACAGUCUGGACUUGUACACUGUGAGUCAGGAUGGCACUCUGUGUGUGUGGGAGAGCGACACUGAGCUCGAUGGCUUACGCAAAGGACCCAAAUACUCUGAACGGAAGAAGAUGGAGGAGGAAAGAAAGAAACAGGAGGAGGACGAAUCUAAAGAGGAUGAGGAGAAUGAGAUUGAGGAGCUGAUGGGAGAAGACGGGCAGCCGAGGGGGGAGGUGAUAAAAGGGAGUGUGGAUGCGCCAAAAGAAGUGGACGGCAUCAAAAACGUCCGUUACAAGCAGAAAAGCAAACACUUUUUCAAUAAAGAGGGAGACUACAACAACCUGACAGCAGCAGCUUUCCACAAGGAGACACACAUUCUGGUGACGGGUUUUGCCUCGGGAGCUUUCCACCUCCAUGAGCUGCCUGACUUUGACCUCAUUCACUCACUCAGUAUUUCAGAUCAGAGGAUUUCAGCUAUAGCCAUGAACCCCACUGGAGACUGGAUUGGCUUUGGCUGUUCAGGUCUUGGACAGCUGCUGGUGUGGGAGUGGCAGAGUGAAUCCUAUGUGUUUAAGCAGCAAGGCCACUUCAAUAACAUGGCGUCUCUGGCGUACUCUCCUGAUGGACAGUAUCUGGUCACCGGAGGAGAUGAUGGCAAGGUGAAAGUGUGGAACACCACGAGCGGCCUGUGUUUCGUCACAUUCACAGAGCACACGAGCAGCGUAACUAACGUCAUCUUUACAAGCAGUGGCUUCGUGGUGGUUAGCGCCUCUCUGGAUGGCACUGUCCGAGCUUUCGAUCUGCACAGGUACCGUAACUUCAGAACACUAACUUCUCCACGGCCGAAGCAGUUCUCGUCACUGGCGGUCGAUGUGAGUGGGGAACUUGUGUGUGCUGGAGCUCAGGACUCGUUUGAAAUCUUCCUGUGGUCCAUGCAGACUGGACGACUUCUGGAGGUGCUGAGUGGUCAUGAGGGGCCAGUGAGCAGCCUGUGCUUUAGUCCCAUACAGUCUGUGUUGGCCAGCGUAUCCUGGGACAAAACGGUCCGAUUGUGGGACAUGAGGGACAGCUGGCAAACCAGAGAAAUCCUGCGGCUCACAUCUGAUGGUCUGGUAGUGACGUAUCGUCCGGACGGUCGGGAGUUGGCCGUGGCCUCUCUGGAUGGUGAGAUCACAUUCUGGAAUCCUCAGGCAGCCACUCAGACUGGCUCCAUCGCCGGCCGCCAUGACCUGCAGAUGGGCCGCAAAGAAACCGACAAGAUCACAGCAAAGCAGUCAGCCAAGGGCAAGGCCUUCACUUCGCUGUGUUACUCUGCUGAUGGCGAGUCCAUGUUGGCUGGUGGCCACUCCAAAUUUGUUUGCAUUUACAACAUCAAGGAACAGAUCCUCAUGAAGAAGUUUGAAAUCUCCUGUAAUAUGUCUCUAGAUGCCAUGGAGGAGUUCCUGGACAGGCGUAAGAUGACGGAGUUUGGUAGCUUGGCACUAGUGGAUGAAGGCACAGGGGAUGGGGAUGGAGUUAAACUCAGCCUGCCUGGGGUCAGAAGAGGCGACAUGAGCUCACGACACUUCAAGCCAGAGAUUCGCGUCACCUCUCUCCGAUUCUCCCCCACUGGACGAAACUGGGCGGCAGCCUCCACGGAAGGUCUGCUUAUUUACUCCCUAGACGCCUCACUGGUUUUUGACCCCUAUGACCUGGACAUGGACGUCACACCAACCAGCAUCCGACGUCAGCUGAGGAAGAAGGAAUGGACAUCAGCAAUUGUGCUCGCUUUCCGCCUGAAUGAGACCCCUCUCAUUAGAGAAGUGCUGGAAACUGUGCCUUAUGGCCAAAUUGAAGUGGUGUCCAGCUCCCUGCCAGAUGUGUACGUGGAAAAGCUGCUGGACUUUGUGGCCUCGUCUCUGGAGAAGUCCCGGCACCUGCAUUUCUACCUUACCUGGGUGCAGAACCUCCUCACCUUACACGGGCAGAAACUCAAGAACAAGUCAUCAGCAAUACUCCCGACUGUACAGCAGCUGAUGAAGAGCAGCCAGAAACACCAUGAUGACCUCUCCAAACUCUGUGACUGGAACAUGUACACUAUUCGCUACGCCAUGGCUCUGUCCAAGCAGAGAGGGAUGAAGAGGAGUGCGACAGAUUCCCUUUGCGAGGAAGAGGAGGCUUCUUCAGAGGUCAUGGGUUCAGAGGAUGAAGAGGAGGAUAUGAUGACUGAGUCACUCAUAGUGGAGAACUGACUGGAAAAGUCAGACCCCUCUAUGAAAAUCAUUUGAACCAAGAACUGCAGGGAAAAGAUAUGAAAAAUGGGUUGGACCAGUUUAAAGAACGGAGCUCUCUUUUCAGCUUCAUGAACACAUGUACACUGUCUGAACCUAUUUAUCAUCUUUUAUACAUGUUGAUAACAGUAUUUACAGUACAUGUUUGUGUGUAUAACAUGAUUAAAAAUACUCAAGUAUCUUUUUA